AGCGAAACAAGAUGGAAAAGCGGCAGGAGUUGCGCCACCACCGACCCCUCACCGAUCUAUACACCAAUCCGCGGCUCACCCAUCGUAUGCGUCAGGUGCUCGCGGAACGGGCAGCCCAUGCCCGUGGCCAGGCCACACAGACGACUUCAUUUCAUGCUCAUCCGGAGGCCAGUAAUCGAAAGCCGCAGACACUCCCGAAACGCUUGCGCAUGGCCGAUGUUGUGCUGAAGACCAUGGAAGAUCGAGAUAGCUGUUGCAAGUGCCAAUUGUUGCCAUCACGGAUCAAGGGAUGUUUCGGACAGACUAUUCGGUUAAUUAGAAAACAGUUCCUAUUUAUUUAG